AUGGCCCAUCAUGUCCAUUUAAUCACAAAGUGCGACCCAUAUAGACACCUCUUCUCUAAGCCAAUCAUCUCAGGGAAAGCGUCGCAAUGGGUUUUAGCUCUCUCGGAGUUCGACUUUACCUGUUAUGCACCGCAGGGUAUUAAGAGCCAAUCUUUAGCAGAUUUGUUCGCACAGUUCCCCAAGCAAAGGCAUGAGCCCCUCGACGAAACAUUGCCCCUUUACGAGCUCCAGGUGGCUACCAUUGAAGACAGUCACGGUGAAUGGAAACUAGCUUUUGAUGGGUCUUCCACUAGCACAGGAGGAGGGGCAGGCAUUAUUCUCACCUCGCCAACUCAGCAUGUCACUGCGGCUUUCAAGCUAGCCUUUCGUUGUUCUAACAAUGAAGCUGAGUAUGAAGCACUUAUUCUUGGCCUCCUCGCAGCCCUCGACAAAGGCAUCUCACGAUUAUGCAUGUGCGGGGAUUCCAAGUUAGUUGUUAAACAGGUGAUGGGUGAGUCUGCUGUACCUGAGCCUUCACUCUCAUCUUAUCGUACCAUUAUUCAAAAGCUCCUCGCUAGAUUCUCCUCCGUUCGUUUCUUGCAUGUACCUCGUUCCAAUAAUAGGUACCCCGAUGCACUCGUAAUGUUAGCUUCUAAGCUGACCAUUAUAAAUGACAUGACUGAGAUCCGUAUUACAAAACACAUUGGUCCAGCUACCAUCGCUGAGCUUUUCCUGACCCAAACUGUUCCGGACAAUGAUUGGCGAGCCCCAAUCAUUAGUCAGCUCAAACAGCGGACAGGGUCAGUACCCCUCACACAAUUGAAAUCACUCCAGCUCUUAGAGGGAUUACUCUACUUUCACCUGCCAUGCGGAACGUUAGCCAGAUGUUUGGGCCCUCGCGAUACUAAAGCAACUCUCACAGCAACUCACGAGCAGCACUGUGCUAUACCUUUGGUGUUGUACCGGCGACUCUAG